UGGAUACUUCACCCUCCCUCGAACAUAACCCUAAAGAUGAACGAUGAAUAGCGGAUUUUGUGUAGCAUAGAAAUGCUGAUGAAGUGGUGACAAGCUUUUGUACUGCAAGCCUGUGGGAUAGUAUUAUAGCUUUUUGAGAUUUAUAAUUAUUUAACAUGUCUCGAGGUAGUAGUGCUGGUUUUGAUAGGCACAUAACAAUAUUUUCUCCAGAAGGAAGACUCUAUCAAGUCGAAUAUGCUUUCAAAGCAAUCACACAGGGUGGAUUGACAUCUGUUGCCCUGAAGGGAGCUGACACUGCAGUCAUUGCUACGCAGAAGAAAGUUCCUGACAAGCUUCUUGACCCGUCCACUGUCACCCAUCUGUUCAAGAUCACUGACACCAUUGGCUGUGUCAUGACGGGCAUGAUUGCGGACAGCAAGUCGCAGGUGCAGCGUGCUCGCUACGAAGCUGCUAACUUCAAGUACAAGAAUGGCUACGAGAUGCCCAUCGACAUGCUUUGUCACCGCAUUGCUGAUAUAUCUCAGGUGUACACCCAGAAUGCGGAGAUGCGGCCACUAGGGUGUAGCAUGAUGUUGAUAGCCUGUGACAAGGAGGGAGGACCCAAGGUGUAUAAGACUGACCCGGCUGGCUACUUCUGCUCGUACCGGGCCAUCAGUGUGGGGGCUAAACAGACUGAAGCCAAUAGCUACUUAGAGAAGAAGCUCAAGAAGAAGCAGGAUUAUCAGGGAGAUGAAGCUAUCCAGCUGGCAAUAUCCUGCCUCUCCACUGUGCUGUCUGUGGACUUCAAGCCUUCAGAGAUCGAGGUUGGAGUCGCGUCCAAGGACAACCCAAAGUUCAGGGUGCUCAAUGAGGGAGAGCUGGAUAGACAUCUAACGGCUAUUGCAGAAAAGGAUUAAUUACAAUUUGGUUUUGUUUCUUAAAAAGUGUUUUGGUACUACAACAAAAAUAUAAGUUUAAUAACGCUA